UCGUCCACGGUCAUGGCUGCACUUACAAGCCUUCUGGUGUUGCUUCUUCUCGCCAAACUUUCGAGCCCCUUGCAGUACAUUCCGGCGAACAAAAUCAUCGAAGUCGUGCAGGAAGGAGAGUACACGUUUGGGGUUCAAGAAGAACUGGAGGAUCCAUUGAUCGAAACGUGCUACUAUGAGGCCGACACCGGCCAGAAGGGCGUUUUCGACAUACAGCCUCCGUCCAGACGCUCGCUGGAUCAGAGAGCGGAGAUAUUCAACAUAAUCACCACGCUCGGUAUUAAGGGACUGUGCCAGAUACAGGUGAUGAAAGUCGACGAUAAGGGGCCGAACAAGUGGAUGCUUACCCCGGCGUACUUUGACGAGGAACAGAACGAAAUUAAGAUGGAUACCAUUGAGUUUUCGGUUCGCUUUUAUUAUAAAACCGGCAUUCUGAGAUCGGUUGUGACCAUUUUGGAUGGAAGCGGCUUCUUCAACCAUUUGAUUACGCCCGAAGGCGUGGAGCUAGAGAGUUGCGAGCUGAAGGUAAACGACAUGGUGAUACCCUUGGAUCUGCAAGGUGCGGAUACCGUGAAGGGUGCAGAUAUCACGAAGAACAUUCAGGCGUUGGGGCACGGCCUGUGCGGAUUUAAAUACACUAACGGCCUCUAUGAUGAGGUGAACAAGCUGAUGUGGACCUUAACCGCGAAGAGCAAGAAGGGGAGGUACUAUCGUAACGAGUUUAAAACAAGGGUCAACAUCGACAGCGGUUUGCACCACCAAACUAGGUACGUGGUUUUGGGAACCGCCGUGACCAUCCGCUGCGGCGUCCCAAUAACUCAACCGUUUUGCGCGCUCUACAACCCGCAAAAUCAAAUGAUAAUAACCGAAGAUUGCAAGUACAGCAUCAGCUCGUUUGCGUUCCACCACCUUGGAACGUGGAAGUGUUACAGCGGCAGCGAUGACGCUCUCGAAACUGCGGAGUAUACGGUCACGUACCAAGCGAGGGACGACCUAACCGUUCUACCGAUAGUAGAAGAGACGACAAAUGCACUGCGAGUGGGUUGUAGAGUUAUAGGCGGGAGCGGUAGCCUCUCAAAGUGCACCCUCACGGCACCGAACCGAAGACCUUUCAAUGUAAGGUUGGGAACCGCAACCGAUCGCUACCUGACGCUCGGCACCGAUUUCAACAAGGGCGUUUGCGUCAUAGAGAUCCAAAAACCUCUGCUAAGCUUCGAACACGGCUAUUGGAGUUGCAAUAUGAUCGGUCCGAACAGGAUUAAAUACGGGGGAACGUACUUAAAAGUGGGCAGGGCAAAACCCCCUACCUACACAAAACGCUCAACAGUCGUCACGGAGUUGAAUAAGACCCUGACCGUACACUGCGAAGUGCCCUACACCACUGACUAUUGCUUUAUAAUAUCGCCCAACGGCACCAAAUACACCAACGAAGAUGAUGUCCGAAUCAAUUUGGGACAGUGCUCUUUCACAAUCCAGCAAACCUACCCCUCGGACAACGGCACCUGGAUGUGCACCUACGCGCGCAAAACUGGCAUCCCCAACGAAAACAUAAUCGUCGAAGUGGUGGUCAGCGACAUUCUCCGCGCCUAUCCUAACAUCGAGGUCGACGCCGGCAACAACGCGCAGCUAUUGUGCAACACGGUCGGAGUACCGCUCGCCUACUGCCAAUUCACGGCGCCCAACGGCACUAUCUACCACGUGAGGAAGGAGGACAGCACGACAGACCUUCGCUACUACGGGAAAGGUCUGGAGCGCGGGGAGUGCGGCAUUUCGCUAAUCAAGGCCAGAACCGAGGACAGCGGUCCGUGGCGCUGCGCCGUCGCGCUCAUCCGCGACGAGAAACGUACGGAAAUCGCCGCCAACGUGAUGCUGACCGUCGUCCCGCCUUCAGAGAUUAACGUCGCCGGUUUGGGGAUAGGGGUCGCCGUUGCUCUGCUUGUGGUCACGGGCGGCGUCGGCUUUCUAGUGUACCUCAGGUGGAGGCGGAGGCGACACCAGGUGAUUGAACUCGGCGAAGAUAUAGAAAUGCGAAGCGACACGAUUAGUAAUUCAAGCUCGGAGAGUCGACAUUAAGUUUUUAUCUUUUCUUUUAUUACAUUGUCUAUCGAUACCGAUUGUUCUAUUGAUAAAGUUUGAAAGUCAA